AUGGCGCAACGCCUCCGCGGAUACGCUGCCCGCCACCCCGAGCGCGCCAGCGGGCUGUACCUGAACAAUUGCAGGCGCGGCAUGCACGGGCCCGUCGAGGUGCUGUCCCGGAGGGCCGUGGAGGUCUGGUGGGGCGGCAUACCGGGCUGCCAGGCGCACUUCGGAACGGUCUGCUCAGGACCGUGCGAGUGGGGGGAGGACAUGUUCAUGGACCAGUGCCUGAUGAAGGUGCUUGGCGUCGAGCGCGUGGACGAGCCGGGGCUGCUGUUGGAGGAGAAUUGCGAUCCCCCGGCGGGCUGGCAGAGCUGCGAGAAUUCGGCCGCGGCUGUGUUCCACCCCUUCAAGGACCCGAUCGAUAUUGCGUCGUACAGCGGGUGCCACUUCCGGGCGAAGCGCUGA